UCAUAGGAUCACGGUUGGUUGGUGACCUAAUACUUACUCUGUGUACUGACUCACUUGACCAGUGAAGAUGAUUCACAAUCUUGUGUGACUUCCAUAUCUGUGUGGGAGAGGGACCUUUCACAUUUCCACUGUUUAUAUUGUCCAAGCUGCGACGGGCAUCGAUGGAACGCCCGGAGUGCACAUUCAAAAACAUUGGAGCACAGAACUGGGUCGUCAUGCUCGUGGACUUUUGUUUUCCAUUAUUUCUGUUGUCAAACAUGUCACUGUGGUGGCCAUUUGUUUCGGUCAGGCGCCUGCCUGCCUGCUAACAGUAGUCCGGUUGGGUCUUAUUCAUACACAACAUCUGCAUCCCAUACAAGCCCUUCCAUCCUCCCACACCACACCACACCAUCCCACCCCGUCACCAGCGGGGCCGCACGCAGCCCCCCUACCUCAAUCUGAUUGGACGGACCACUGCUCCGUUAGUUCUGUUUUCGGCGAGUCUGAAGAACUAGUCAAGAACAGUUUUCGGGGCUGAAUAGCGCUAUUAUCCCCUGUUGUUAGUGUUGCGCUGAUGGCUUGACUACUUCCCAGGGGGCUGAAAAUGUGAAGAGAUGGACUUUGUGACGAUAUUUGGAGCAAUUUUGGUGGUUUUCUGGCACACGGGCUCCGCAUCGAAACUCUUCAGUGGCCAGCGGAUCUGCCGGCGCGGCACGGAGCGCCCAUGCUACCGGCUGGCCCACAUCCCCGACCCUCGGCAGCGCGUGAGCUUCGAGGGGGCACGUGAGGCGUGCCGCGGGGACGGCGGCGAGCUGCUGAGCAUCGAGACGGAGGACGAGCAGCGGCUGGUGGAGCGCUUCCUGCACGAGCACACGGGGGACUUCUGGAUCGGCCUGCGCCGGAGCCUCAGGCACAGGGAGCCUGGCGUCAGCUGCGCAUCGCUAUACUAUUGGCUGGAUCGCAGCAAGGCCACGUAUAGCACGGAGCCUGGCGUCAGCUGCGCAUCGCUAUACUAUUGGCUGGAUCGCAGCAAGGCCACGUAUAGGAACUGGCAGUGGGAUGAGCCGUCGUGUGGGCGUGAGAUGUGCACGGUGCUGCUCCUCAGACCCCCCUCCACCCCCACACAGCAGGGCUGGCUCAACUACAAGUGGAACGACGUCAGCUGCAACCUUAAACACAACUUCAUAUGCAAAUAUGCUGAAGAAAAGAAGCUUGAUAUAAUCACUACUCCCGCCAUCCCCAAAUACACAGAUGCUCCAGUUGUAUCUGUGCUGCCCAACCAGCCGUCAGUCACAGGAGGAGGCCUGGACGACGGAACCAGCGUCUCAGAACCAUCUGUGUCGUCCACUGACACCACUCUGAACAUCCUGCUCAUCACGAUCCCCAUCCUGCUGCUGGUGCUGCUGCUGGCCUCGGGACUCUUCUGCUACCGCGUCCUAGCCAACAGGAGGAAGGAGCAGUCGGAACCCAUCUACGCCAAGCCGGGCCAGUGGGUAUCGGUGGGCGACCAUGACGGAGGCGGCGGCAUCCUUAUCUCCCAGCUCCACCACCAGGGGGCUCCACUGAGCCCCAUACGCCACCUCCACAACACCACCAUGCACCACCACAAGGCCACACACGCCAGCCCCAUACACCCCCACCCCCACCCCAAUGCCACACACAACAGCAGCCCCUUGUUUGGCCUGCACUCUCCACAGGGGGCUCCACUGAGCUCCUCCACCAGCAGCAGGCGGCCACACAGCCCCACUGCUGCUGCUGCCACCACGAUGGCGCCCCCUAGUGAGGACUAUGAGAACGUGGCCCCCAGUAAAGUGGUGGACAAGAGCGGCUUUGUGACCAACGACAUCUACGAGAGCUGCCGCAACCCCAGCGCUGCGGAGGCCGGAUGGGUGGACAAUGAGAUCUACGGAUACUGAGCGCAGAAACACACACACACACACACACACACACACACACACACACACACACACACACACACACACACACACACACACACACACACACACACACGUGCGUGCACAUACAUAUGCAAUUCAACGAGGGUUGCCACAAUCCCAGUACUGUUGAUCCAGGCUGGAUGGACAUUGAGAUUUAUGAAUAUUAAACACAUGCACGCACACACACACACACACACACACACACUAUGCUGGACUGGCUCAAAACACACACAUAAGUAUAUAUCCAUACACGCUCAUACUAUACAUUACCUUUACUAUGACCUCAUGUGGAAAACCUUGGUCAACCUUGCCUUUUAACUCUAUUACUUCUGACAUGUAGUGGCUGGUACUUUUAUCAAAAACCCAUUUUCUCCUUUGUUGACUUUACAUAAUGGGAAGCAGUUGUGAGUAAAUAUGCUAUUUAUAUGUUACUGAAAACCAUGAUGCUAACAGGUCUUGUUCUCCAUAGAAAUGUUUUAUUAUUAUUAUUACAUGAAUUGUGUCUGGCCUUUUUAAUGAAUCCAUUGUAAAAAAAAAAAAAAACCAAUGCAUUGCAUACUCAGUAAAAUUA